UCGCAUUUGUGAUUCAAGAAAGUUUUGCUCUUUCGUGAUUCUGGGGUUAAUAUCGUUAUAGAAUAAUGAGAACUUUAACAAAGAUCAUCCUAGCGAGUAUCGCUGUUGCUUUUAUAUCUGUCAAAUGGAGUACGCCAAGUUUUCAGUCAGAGACCCUUCAAGGUGCCAGGGUACUGGUGACUGGGGCCAGUACAGGCAUUGGAGAACAAAUGGCUUAUCAUUAUGCUCGUUUUGGAGCUCAGCUAGUGAUCACAGCAAGAAGAGAGAAAGUGUUACAGCAGGUUGUUGAGAAGUGCCUCAGUUUGGGAGCUCAGAAAGCUCUCUACAUUGCAGGAGACAUGGCCACUGAAUCAGACCCUGACAAAGUGGUCGAAUUUACGCUAGAAAAGCUGGGAGGACUGGAUUACUUGGUUCUCAACCACAUUGGUCCUACCCCGUUCAGUGUGUGGAAGGGUGACAUAGAGCACACAAGGUGGCUGAUGAAGGUCAAUUUUUUCAGCUAUGUUCAGAUGGCCUGGAAAGCCCUGCCAUCACUGGAGCAAAGCAAAGGUUCACUGGUGAUAGUUUCCUCACUUCUAGGUAAGAUGGCUGGUCCUUUUACUGCCCCUUACACUGCAACAAAGUUUGCCUUAAAUGGCUUUUUUGGCUCUCUUCAGCAUGAACUGGCAAUGAAAAACAGCAAUGUUUCUCUGUCUAUUUGCACAUUGGGUCUCAUUGACACAGAUUCUGCAAUGGAGAAAGUCAGGGGGGUCAUUGAUGUCCCAGCUGCCCCUGCCUCUGAAGCAGCUUUGAACAUCAUCAAGACAGGAGCCACUAGACAGGAAGAGCUCUACUACCCCUGGAAUACAUUUGCUGUGACUCUUACUAAAGACUGGAUCCCUUUUGCAACCAACUACAUUAUCCGGCACGCAUACAACUAUAUACCAUGACGACAUUACAACCGCAAGGAAUGUGCGAUUAAGUGGUAAAUGUGGUUAUGGAAGAUUUUCAGUCUAGACACUGGACCUGGUAGAUGUACUACUAUAAUGUGAAUGAACAUUUAUUUAAUGUGUUUAACUAUGCAUUUAACUGUUUGACACACAGCAUUUUAGAUGUGAUGUUUACUUUCAAACCAUAUAGUAUAGGCUAUUAUCAUGUAUGUCCAGAUAAUAGAUGGUUCUCCUAGUC